CGUCCAUCGCCAGUCUUCGGUUUGGCUUUGCUUGCUUCUUCUUGCUUUGUGUUGUGUUGGUCCUGGUUUUUAAUUUUAUUUUUAUUUUUUUAGCGUGGCUUGUUUGUUCUCUUGCUGUCCCGCGUUGCUAUAUAGCGUAGCCAGCGCCACGCUUGCUCUCUCCAACAGAGAGCUCCAAGCGAUCUUUUCUAGCGUCGAGAGGAUUUUCGCGACAUCGAUACGAGCGAGCCACUCCUUUUUUGCGAGGAUAUCUCCCGCGAGAGAGAGGAGAGAGGAAUCGUGGUGGAGUAAUCUUUGGAUUUGUUUCUUUCGUGGAAGGGAGAGGGAGAGAUGGAGCUGCGCGUGAGGAAGUAUGAUCCUUUGGGCGACGCGAGGCGAGUGGAGGAGCUAGAGCGGCUGUGCGACGCCGGGCCGAGCGGUUCCAUGUCGCUCUUCGCGGAUUCCAUGGGCGAUCCGCUGGGGAGGGUGCGGCAUUUCGCGCUCUACACAAUGCUGGUCGCCGAGAUUGGCGAGGAGAUUGUGGGAGUGAUCCGGGCGGGGAUCAAAGAGAUGGUGUGCGGCAGGAAGCGGCUGAGCGGUGGCAGCGGCAAGGAAUCGGCCAUUCGCGCUCGCUGCGCCUACAUUCUCGGCCUCCGGGUGUCGCCGCUCCACAGGAGGAAAGGGAUCGGCCUGGCGCUGGCGAGGAGGAUCGAGCAGUGGUGCCGCGACAAGGGCGCCGCCUACGCCUACAUGAUGACCGAGAAGAGCAACGUCGCGUCGUCGGGGCUGUUCGUGGGCAAGCUCCAAUUCCGCCCGGUGCGCAGCCCCAGCAUCCUCGUCCACCCCGUGUUCCAGCACUGGGAAUCGAUUCCCUCCCACAUCCGCCUCACGCGCCUGGCGCCCGCCGACGCCGCCGAGAUCUACCGCUGCUACAGCGGCGCCACCGAUUUCUUCCCCGCCGCGGACAUCGAUUCCAUCGUGGGCAACGCCCGCUGCUGCGCGGGGACCUGGCUCGCCACGCUCAAGGCCGAAUCAACGCCGAGCUCGGGCAUGGCGGCGCCGCUGGACCGCCGCCAUCCCCGCCGCCAAGUCUCCGUGAAGAAGCUGCUCGAGGGGGUGUUUAGCUCGUGGGCGGUGGUGAGCGUGUGGAAGACGAACGAGAUCUUCACGCUGGAGGUGAGCGGCGCGCCGUGGCGGAUCCGCGCGGCGGCGGCGGCGUCGCGGGCGCUGGAUCGCGCGCUGCCGUGGCUGCGAAUCUCCUCCUUCCCGGACGUGUUCCAGCCGUUUGGGAUCCACUUCCUCUUCGGGAUCGCGGGCGGCGGCGCGCGAUCGGGCGAGCUGGUGGCGGCGCUGUGCAAGAACGCGAGGAAUGUGGCGCGGCGGAAUGGCUGCGCGGUGGUGGCGGCGGAGAUGGGGGCGGCGGACCCUCUGCUCGGAUCGGUGCCGCAUUGGAAGAGCUUGUCCACCAUGGACGAUCUGUGGUGUGUCAAGGACUUGGUGGGGAUCAAGAACACCGGCGCCACCGUCACUGCCACGCCCGAUUCGGGUGAGAAUUGGAUGGAUUUGCCCAUGGGCUCCCCUGUUUUCGUGGAUCCCAGAGACUUCUAGGCCUAUAGCAAGCCUAGGAUCGCUGACAAACUCCAGGAUCACCAUCACUCUCUCACUCACGCGCGAGGAUAACAAUCGAUGGAGCAACCAUCCACACAAACGCGGUUUUGGCGGAACGACUUUGUCUCACUGCCUGCGAUCGCGGGCACUACAAUUCUUCUCGUUGGCUCGUUCCGCUCGCUCGCAAGAGAUUCGUGGAAGAUCAGCUCCAGACCAAUCAACGCGAAUCCGCUACGUAUGAUUCAAGCAUUUCACUCUGCCAGGAAAGGAAGAACACCAAAAGUGUGACGAGCGAAAAACAAAGCAAAAGCUGUUGGUUUGGUGGUUGUUUUAUUCGCAUGAUUAGUAAAAGUUGACGGUGUGGUGGUACUGUGAUGAGGAAAUAUAGAUAUUGUAGCCUAUAGCAUUCAUAAAAAGUUGGCAUCCCAUUGGUGUGUCUCUGAGAUAUGCAAA